GGCUGGCGCUGCUGACAACAUGCGGCAGGGAGAGAGCGCACCUCCAGCAGCAGAGCAGAGAACAUCGACUUCACACUUUUGUUUGGCACAAGCGGAUGUGUGUUGCCACUGGAAGAGCCCCGCGCGUUUCUAGCCGCGCACCCAUUACGCGCGUUUCAUGGAGAUCUCCAAAUGACAAGACCUGUGCGCUGCGGGUCGUUCUCAGCAUCUACAGGGAUCUCUGAAAAACGUGGAACAUGGCGAGAAGGAUGAGAGGAGCUCAUCUUCUCCUCGCCGCAGUCUUCACUUGGUCGGUGGCCCUUUUCGGGGACGCGAAUGGUCAAGAGUCUGUUAACGACGUGACCGGUUUUAGUUUGAGUCCUCCGUAUUUCAACAUCGCUAAGGGCUCACGGAUCUCUGCCACAGCAACCUGCGGCCAGGAUGAAGCUGGGAGUCCGAGAUAUGAUUUAUACUGUAAGCUCGUCGGAGGACAUAACAACGAUUUUCCUACUGAAAAUGUACAGGGUCAGUUCUGUGAUUCCUGCAACUCCAUUGAUCCAAACAAAGCCCACCCGGUGACCAACGCCAUCGACGGGACGGAGCGGUGGUGGCAGAGCCCCCCUCUCUCCAGGGGGCUGGGGUACAACGAGGUGAACGUUACCCUGGACCUUGGGCAGCUCUUUCAUGUGGCGUACGUCCUCAUCAAGUUUGCUAAUUCCCCUCGUCCUGACCUGUGGGUGCUGGAGCGCUCGGUGGACUACGGGAGAACCUACCACCCCUGGCAGUAUUUUGCACAUUCCAAACGUGAGUGUUUAGAAAAGUUCAGAAAGCAGCCCAACGCUCGUGUAGUAAAUGAUGACGACCAGCUGUGCACCACAGAGUACUCACGGACCGUGCCUCUGGAGAACGGAGAGAUUGUGGUGUCUCUGGUCAACGGUCGACCGGGGUCCAAAAACUUCACCUACUCACCAGUGCUGCGAGAUUUCACGAAGGCCACCAACAUCCGCCUCCACUUCCUCCGCACCAGCACCCUGCUGGGCCACCUCAUCUCCAAGGCCCAGAGAGACCCCACUGUAACACGCAGGUACUACUACAGUGUCAAAGACAUCAGCAUCGGCGGACGCUGCGUCUGUCAUGGGCACGCACAGGUGUGUGGCGGGGGGCGUAAUCCAGACAACCCAGACAGACUCCAGUGUGACUGCAAACACAACACCUGCGGCGAGUCAUGUGACCGCUGCUGCCCAGGUUUCAACCAGAAGCCAUGGCGUGCCGCAACCGCCAGUAGCCCGAAUGAGUGUCAGCCCUGCAAGUGCUUCUCCCAUGCAUCUGACUGUUAUUAUGACCCAGAGGUGGAAAAUAGGGGAGCAAGUUUAGACACCUUCGACAGGUACGACGGAGGAGGAGUGUGUAUCCACUGCCAGCACAACACUGAUGGAGUGAAUUGUGAGCGAUGCAUUAAAGGCUUCUACAGACCUUACGGCGUCCCACCUGAGUCUCCCCAUGGAUGCAUACCCUGCAGGUGCGAUGAAAGGACAACAGCCGGUUGUGAAAUGGGGUCUGGAAGGUGUAUCUGCAAGCCACAGUUGGCUGGAGAAAACUGUGAUCGCUGUGCUGAUGGACACUAUAACUACCCGCAGUGCAUUCGAUAUCCAAUAUACCCAGUGAGCACCAGAUCCCCUGCAGGUCCUAUUGUGGAGCCCACAGCCUGUCCUCUAGGUUAUUUCGGCUCACCCUACUGUCGACAGCAUUGUGAAUGCGACUACAGAGGAACUGUGCCUACAAUCUGCGACUCUUUGGGGCUCUGCCUCUGCCGUGAGGGUGUGGGGGGGGAGCGAUGCGACCGCUGUCAACCUGGAUACCAUGUUUACCCCAACUGCCAGGCCUGCAGGUGCGAUGAAAGGACAACAGCCGGUUGUGAAAUUGGGUCUGGAAGGUGUAUCUGCAAGCCACAGUUUACUGGAGAAAACUGUGAUCGCUGUGCUGAUGGACACUAUAACUACCCGCAGUGCAUUCGGUGUGAAUGCGACUACAGAGGAACUGUGCCUACGCUCUGCGACUAUUUGGGGCGCUGCCUGUGCCGUGAGGGUGUGGGGGGGGAGCGAUGCGACCGCUGUCAACCUGGAUACAAUGAUUACCCCAACUGCCAGGGAUGUGUUUGUGAUGGGGCGGGUGUGGCGGACAGGGUCUGCACUCCGGGGGGUCCGUGUGUUUGCCUGCCUAACUACGAGGGGCCGGAGUGUGACGAGUGUGCACCAGGCUACUACGGCUACCCGGACUGUGCUGCCUGCCGAUGUUCACCCGAAGGUUCCCAUGGCAACGUGUGCAACCCAGUGUCGGGUCAGUGUCUGUGUUUGCCGGGGGUGCUGGGGCAGCAGUGUGACCGCUGUGUGUCUGGACUCAGGUUCCCUCACUGUGCAGCCCCCAUAAGCCGGUGCAAUGCUGCAGGGACCGAGGUCGCCAAUCCUCAAACGGGCGACUGCGUGUGCCUACCAAAUGUAAAGGGAACCUUGUGCGACAUGUGUAAACCUCUGUACUGGAAUCUGGCUACCGAGAACCCUCGUGGCUGCUCAGAGUGUGGGUGUGAUUUGAAAGGGACGCUGAGUGGUGCUGGAGAGUGUGAACAGAAAAGUGGACAGUGUCGCUGUAAGCCUUUCGCUUGUGGACACGCGUGUGACACCUGUAAGGACGGAUACUUCAUGCAGCAGAAAAAGAAUUACUUCGGAUGUCAGGGUUGUCAGUGUGAUGUAGGCGGGGCCAUUGGCAUGGCGUGUGAUGAGACAUCAGGGAAGUGUCAAUGUCGGAAGAACAUAGUUGGCCGGAAAUGCACCGAGCCAGCACCGAGCUACUACUUCCCUUCUUUGCACCAGCUGAAGUUUGAGGUUGAGGAUGGCACGUCUCCAAACGCCAGACCGGUGCGCUUCGGUUAUAACCCACAAGAGUUCCCUGAUUUCAGCUGGCGAGGUUAUGCUAUAAUGUCCCCCGCACAGAGUGACGUCAGAGUAACAGUGCAUGUUGAACCAAGAGAAGGGAGGCAGCACUUGUUCCGUGUGGUUCUGCGAUUCAUUAACCCGAGCAACACCAGCGUGACUGGUAGCGUCAGGGCUGCCAAUAACAGAGGCACUGCAGGGUCAGAACAGAGUAAGGAAGUAAUAUUCCCAGCGAGUCGCUCGCCAGCCUUCCUCACCGUCCCAGGAGAGGGCUUUGCCGAGCCCUUUGCUUUGACUCCUGGGAAUUGGAUCAUUCACAUCAAGGCCGAGGGGAUACUGCUGGACUAUUUAGUGCUGCUGCCCAGGGAUUAUUAUGAAGCACCUCUGCUGCAGGAGAAGAUCACAGAGCCCUGCACUUACCUGCCCUCCGCAGACAGGAACGCAAACUGUCUAUUGUACAAGCAUGUGGCCAUGGACGGCUUUAGCUCCGCACUGGGUUCACAGGGAAGGCUCUCCAGCCGCAGUGGGCGCAGGAGGAGGCAGGCUCGUGUGCGGCGUCCCACCCCGGACCACCCUGAGAUGGCUGAUCUCAGUGGCAGACAGUCUCAGCUUCAGCUCAGUUUGCGUGUGCCUCGCUCUGGCCCAUACGCUCUGGUGCUGGAGUACGCCAGCGAGGUGGAUGCUGUCCAGAAUGUCAACAUACUCAUCGGAGGUCAGCUAGAAGGCCAGAUCCCGGCCAGGGCUAAUAUUUACAGUUGUGCCUACAGCUUCCUGUGCCGGAGUGUGGCAGUGGACAGCAGUAAUCAGGUGGCAGCGCUGGAGCUUUCUCAUAGGACAGACCUGCUCCUGCAAAUUUCCACAGCCUCAUUCCUGCUGUACAAAGUGUAUGCAGUGCCUGCGGAGGAGUUCUCCAUGGAUUAUGUUGACCCCAAGGUGCUUUGUGUCUCCACUGUUGGACGCUUCAGCGAUGACAGUCAGCACUGUGUUCUGAGGCAGUUCGACAAGCCAACGUCGGCCGGGAUUUUGUCUGCUGCCCGUGACGGACUCCUGUCCUCCCCUCCAGUCGUUGCUCCCCAGCCAGAAUACGACGAGGACUCGAGGAGGAGACGACAGACGACGGGUUUCCCCGUCCAGGAACCGCAAGGUGUUGGGGUACUGCUCAAAUUCCCUCAGACGGAGAUCAGUUUCUCUCCCAAGGUGCCCCUCCCUGGCAGGUAUGUGGUAGUAGUCCAUUAUCACCAGCCUGAACAUACCUCCUUCCCUGUGGAGGUCCGGGUGGACGCAGGGCGUGACUGGAGGGGUUCAAUAAACGCAUCCUUCUGCCCGGCGGUGUCUGGCUGCAGGGAGGUCGUCAUCGCUGAGGGACGCAUUUCCCUCGACUUGGACCAAAAUGUUUGGCGGCCACCCAGCAUCUCUGUCAUCGUACCACCUAGGAAGACCCUUACCGUGGAUUAUAUCUUACUGGUUCCUGACAACAGCUACAGCCCAGAUCUGCUGAAAGAGAAGCCGCGGGACAAGUCUGCCGAUUUCGUACAGCAAUGUCGAGGAGAUGGGUUUUAUAUCGACCCGAGAACUUCCUGCCAGUUCUGCAGGGACUCGGCCCGCUCUCUCGUCGCAGCCUACAACGACGGAGCUCUGGCCUGCGACUGCGACAAGUCCGGCUCCACGGGAGCUGCCUGUGAUCCAGUUGGAGGACAGUGUCCCUGCAGGCAGCACAUCAUAGGUCGACGGUGCACGAAAUGUGCCACCGGCUACUAUGGCUUCCCCUACUGCAAACCGUGUGAGUGUGGCCGCCGGCUGUGCGACGAGGUGACAGGACGCUGUAUCUGUCCUCCUCAGACGGUCAAACCAGCCUGUGACUCAUGUCUGCGUCAGACUUUCAACUACCACCCUUUGCUGGGCUGCGAGGGCUGCGAGUGUUCCCCGACUGGCAUCAAGACCAACGCAGGACCGGACUGUGAACGCACCACGGGACAGUGCAGUUGCAAGCCUCGAAUCUCAGGCCGCAAGUGUGACCGCUGCGCUCCAGGUUUCUAUCGCUUCCCUGACUGUGUGCCAUGUAACUGUAACCAAGGCGGCGUCACACCGGACGUGUGCCACCCAGACACAGGGAGGUGUCUCUGCAGGCGGAAUGUAGCCGGUGUCAGGUGCGAUACCUGUCGGGAAGGUUCCUUCUAUUUUGACCCCUCCAACCCUCAAGGCUGCAGCAAGUGCUUCUGCUUCGGAGCCACUGACCAGUGUCAGAGCUCCAGCAAACGCAGGGGGAAGUUUGUGGAGAUGCGGGGCUGGCAUCUAGAAAGACCUGACCAGGGGGAGGUUCCCUCUGUGCUGAACACAGCCAGUAACAUGGUGGUGGCAGACGUCCAGGAGCUUCCUCCUACAGUGCAGACUCUACACUGGGUGGCACCACAGUCCUACCUGGGAGACAGAGUUACAUCUUACGGUGGUUUCCUCACCUACCAGUCCAAAUCCUUCGGGAUCCCCAGCGAGGGGAUGACUCUGAAGGAGAGACGACCUGAUGUCAUGCUGACUGGACGGGAUAUGACCCUGAUCCACAUGGCUCCUCAAGUCCAACUUGCAGACAGGCUUUAUCAGGGCAGAGUCCAUCUGGUGGAGGGAAAUUGGCGUCACGCUAUCACCAACAAGCCCGUGUCCAGAGAGGAACUCAUGAUGGUCCUAGCCCGUCUGGCGGACCUGAGGAUCCGAGCCUUGUACUUCACCCAGAGCCAGCGUCUGAGUCUGGGGGAGGUGGGCUUUGAGGAGGCCACCAACACAGGGACGGGGAGUCCUGGAAACAAUGUGGAGUAUUGUUCCUGUCCGCCCCAGUACACCGGAGACUCCUGUGAGAAAUGUGCUCCUGGUUUCUACAGAAACAACAGUGGGUCUUUCCUGGGCCGCUGUGUGCCCUGCGAGUGCAACGGUCUGGCUGACGAGUGUCAGGAUUCCACAGGGAAGUGCCUGAAUUGUCAGAACAACACAGCCGGGGACGGAUGUGAACGCUGCAAAGAGGGUCACUACUACGCGGGUCACAGGACAUGCAAAGUGUGCCCGUGCCCGUUCAGCUCCGCCACAAGCAGUUUCGCUGUAGGCUGCAGAGAGUUUUUCGGAGACUUCACCUGCAUUUGCAGAUCAGGCUACACUGGAGAGAAGUGUGAGAGAUGUGCUCCUGGUUACUAUGGUAAUCCACUGACACCAGGAGGACGUUGCAAACCCUGUAACUGCAAAGGCAACGGGAACAUCUGUGAUCCCCGGACUGGAGUUUGCAAGAACACUCUGGAGCCUGGAGACACAGACACAGAUGAUAAAUGCCAAGAGUGUGACAGCUGUGCCCAGACAUUACUACACGACCUGGAGAAGCUGGACGAUGAGCUGGGACGUAUCAAAGCCAAGUUGGACAACGCCAGCAUCAGCGCCUCCUCUAAGGACCAGCUGAAGAACCUGGAGAAGGCCGUGUCCGACACCAAGAUUCUUGUCAAAAAAUUCAACUCUGCCAUCAGCGCCCAAAAGUCCCGGAUCAGCCAGCUGGAGGAGGACACAAGCACCCUGGUAGACGACAUCAGCAGCCUUAAAGGAAAGGCAGAUAAAAAGUCGGUUGAUGCCGACAAAGCAGUGGCAGACGUUGAGAAAACCCACAAGAGGGCGAAGUUACUGGAUUUAGAGAUUAAAAGCAUGCUCAAGAAAAUCCAAGCUCUGCUCGAUCAGCUGAAAGAGUCGGGCACCAGCGGCGACACGACGCCCAAUGAAAGCCUGAGUAAAAGUCUUGAAGAUGCCCAGCGCAUGGUGAAGGAGAUGCAGGACAGGAACUUCGAACCUCAGAAAACAGCUGCCGAGAAAGAGCUGGACGAGGCAGAGAAGUUGCUUGAACACAUCAAGACGGAUGUAAGUAAGCAGUGUGACAAGAACGAGGCGGCGGCAAAGAAACUCCGCGGCCGACUGGGAGAUUACGAAUUGAAGCUCAAGGACCUGGACAAAGCUCUGAAGGAGGCCACGGACCUGGUGAAAAAAGCAAAUGCUGAGAAUGGACUCAGUGCUAAGGCCCUGGCGGAGCUGCAGAAACGUAUUGAAGUCCUAAAAAAGGCGCGGAAGACGGUUGAGGAGCAAAUGGCCCUGGCAGAGGAUGAGCUCCAGAAAUCUGUGGAUUUGGUGAAAACGCUCACCGACAGUAAAACGGAGUACGAAAAGCUGGCUGCACAGCUGGACGGUGCCAAGACCGAUCUGACCAAGAAGGUGAACGAUAUUUCCAAAGCAGCAGCCCAGGAGGACCUUGUGGUGGCUGCGGAGGAACAUGCCAAGAACCUCCUCAAGAUGGCAAAGGAGCUUCAGGAUUCUGUGAAGAAUGCAAGUGGACGGCCUGAGGUGCAGGACGCAAAAAACGCCAUUGAUGCCUACAAGAACUUAACAGACGCCAUUAACGCUGCUGAGGCCGCAGCUAAAGAGGCCAAAAAUGCAGCGGACAAAGCCUUGAAGAACGUGAAGAGCGACAACCUCGCUAAAAAAGCAAAAGAACUGAAAGAGUCUAGUGAGGACCUGGUGCAGGAUGCUCGUGAGGCAGAGAAAAACCUUCAGGAAGCGACCAACGACCUCACUGACCUGAAGAAACGUCUGAAGGACGCUGACAAGAAGAAGGAAACUCUCAAGACAGACCUGCUCGAUGCCGCGGACCAAUUAAAUGACAUCAAGAGAGAUGACAUCGGUAUUAUGAUUGACGAAGCCAAGAAGAAGGUAGCUUCAGCGAACGAUAAGACGAGCGACACUAUGGACAAACUUGCGGCCAUCCAAAAGGAAAUUGACAAGAUCAAAGUCACUCCUGUGGACUCUAACCUCGGCAAUAUUUUGGACAAUGUUGACAAAUCGGUGAAGGACUUAUUGAACACCAUCCCAACUCUGACCAAUAAGAUCUCAGAGGUGGAGAACCUGACGACAGACCUCUCAUCCAUUGGCAACAUAUCUUUGAACAUCAAGAUGAUCAAAGACCUCAUCGAACAGGCGCGGGACGCAGCCAACAAGAUUUCAAUCCCGAUGAAUUUCGACGGCAACGGCCACGUGGAGCUGCGUCCUCCUUCCAAUCUGGAGGAUCUGAAAGCCUACACCUCGUUGUCUCUGUCGCUGCAGAGGCCCAAAGGCAGAGGAGACGGACGGCGCCGACGCAGACAGACGGCAGAAGAAAACAUGUUUGUGUUGUAUCUCGGCAACAGAGAUUCUUCGAAGAACUACAUAGGUAUGGUUCUGAGGAAGAACGUGCUGUACGGUGUGUACAAGCUCAACGGGGUCGAGUAUGAGAUGACGUCGGGCUAUAUCUCCAAGUCUAAUCCCGACCCGGCGACGUUUGAUAAAGUGGAUCUACACAGGAUUUACCAAGAUGCACAGAUCGUCCUCACCAAAGACAUCACGUCCACUGCUGCCAAAGUGCCGAUACGAGUCAGCAAACAAGGAGAGGAGAGCAAGAACCUGCUGGACCUCAGCCCCAGUGAUGUUGUUUUCUACGUUGGAGGCCACCCUGCCAACUUCACUCCGCCACCUUCUCUGAAACACCCCAUGUACAAAGGCUGUAUCGAGUUCUCCUCCUUCAACGACAAAGCCAUCAGUCUCUACAACUUCCAAAAUGCGGAGAAUAUAAACCCGACGAUUCCGUGCAGGAGGUAUGCACCACAGAUCGAUAUCAAUUUCUUUGAAGGCACUGGAUACGGCAAAAUGAUCCUAGCUAAGCAGACCCCUGUCAUCCUCAUCGAUAUGUCGGUCUUCGCGCGGUCAGAAAACGGUCUCCUCUUUUAUAUCGGAAGCGAGGACAAAUACUUCACCGUAACUUUGGAGAAGGGCUUCAUUUGUAUAAAUAGCAACUUGCUACAAGAACCAGUAAAAAGCAAUGCAAGAUUAUUCCCGAAUAACGAUUGGGUGGACAUCCUCAUCAUUAGCUCAAACAGAGGAGAAUUUUCAGUCCGUGCCAACAAUGUAGAAGUGGCUAAGGCCAAAGCUGAUAUCAACCACAGCCAAUAUAAAGAGUACUAUAUCGGCGGUUUGGUGCAAGACCUGAGAGAAAAACACAAAAUCACCUUUCAACCAUUCAAAGGAUGUAUGAAGAAUCUGAAGCUACAAAAAGAACAUACACCUAUAUAUGAGCAAGUUGGCGUCAGCAAAGGAUGCCCCAAGGAUUCCCUGAUGUCUCGUAAGGCAGAGUUCAGCAAGGGGAGCCUCCUGUCCGCUGACCUCCCAGGCUUUACCCUGGACAAAGAUUUCACCGUCUCCCUGGGAUUCAAGAGCAUGGAGAAUCAGGGUCUCAUUCUACAAGACAAAAAGCUGCCUAAUGGGAUUACACUUGCACUCGUCGAUGGCUACGUCAUUCUCAGUUUCAACAAUGAGAUGCGGAAAUCGAACGGACAGUACCACGAUGGCCAGUGGCAUUACCUGACUGUGACGAGAAGAGCUGGAAGGAUGGAGCUGAUAAUUGACGAUGACGAUAAGGGUUUGACGCAGACCGGCAGCAGCACUUCCAUUCCUAACACAGAUGGCUCCCUAAUCCUGGGAAAUAAACGGUUCAAAGGCUGCAUCUCCAACCUCUACACAAGACGGCCAGCGAACCUGUACAAGGCCGAGGACUUUAGCCCCUUUGACGCUUCCGGAGACGUCCUGAUUGAUGUUUGUACCUCUGACACCCCCGCUCAAAUGAUGCUGGACAGCAAUUCUAAGAAGGUGAUUCAGGAUGGUGUAAUGCAGCCCAUUAAUGACAGUGGAUCAGCGUGUGCACUGCCAGCCCAGGUUCCACAUGCUUAUCGCAUGGGAGGCCCUGUGAGUAGCCUGAGCUACAAUCUUCCACUGCCGGUGCAGCUGUCCAGAGCUCACUUCUCUCUGGAUGUCAGGACCGAAUCUUCUGAAGGUCUGCUGUUCUUUGCUGCUACCAAAGGAGGGCGCUCUCAUCUUGCUCUCUACAUGUCCAAGGGCAGGAUCAGACUGUCUGCAGGCACAGAGAAGAAGAUCUUCAACAGGGAGAAUUAUGAUGAUGGAAAAUGGCACUCGAUUCAGUUCAGUUUGGAGAAGAAGAAAUUCCGAUUGGUUGUGAAUGGGAUCAGAGCUCAGGAUGGUCAGCUGACAAACACUGAGCUGACGUCCAUGCAGCAGUUUGUGUAUCACUUGUACCUGGGCAGUGUCCCAGAGUCCCUUCACAAACAGCUUCAGUUGAAGUUCCUUCCGAAGCAGAGUGUGUCUGGCUGCAUCCGUAGUUUUAAAAUGAACGGAGUGCUCAUGUCCAAACCAGCCACAAACCUGGGUGCUGGCCCCUGCUUCAAGGGACCCACACAGAGAGGGGCCUAUUUCUCAGGGAAUGGAGCACACGUUGUAAUUAAUGACUCCAUUUCCGUGGGCUCCAACUUUGAACUGCUGUUUAAUAUUCGUCCACGAAAUCUGACUGGACUCCUGCUACAUGUUGGUGAUUUGACCAGGACACAAAGUGGAGCCGGGAGGAAUCACUAUCUCACGAUCUACCUUCUCAGAGGAGAGGUGGUGGUACAAGUUAAUAAUGGAAACGGGAACUUCAUGGUGUCUGUCAAGCCCAAAGCUUCUUUAUGUGAUGGAAUGUUUCAUAAAGUUUCAGUAAUCAAGAGGAAGAAUGUUGUGCAACUGCACGUGGACACAGUGGACAAUUACAAGAUUGGACCCCCGUUCUCCACUGUCCCGCAGACCAAAUCACCCCUGUAUGUGGGUGGCGUUCCUGAGACGCCAACGCAGCAGACGCUCCCCCUCAUGUCCUCCUUCGUCGGGUGCAUCCAGGACAUGAGGAUCAAUGAGGAGUCCGUCUCUUUCGAGAGGCUCCCCAAUGCGUUCGGCUCCGUCAACGUCAAAGAGUGUCCAGGUUGAGCCCACGCGUCUCACUGUGUCACCACCACACAAACCUUGGGACCACAUGAUCCACCGUCAACCAUGUGCAAUCUGUUACCGAGACAGAGAAUGUGAUUUGUAUGUAAGAAUGUACAUAUUAUGAGGAGUGUGUGUCAGUGAGUGUGAACGUGAGUGUGUGUGUGUAAAAUAGAGAUAUGAGCAGCAGUUGACAGUUUCAUAGUAGCUGCCGCUUUAUUCGACAUUUCUGUAUUUAUUCUGUGACACCAGAUCAUUAAUUCAUAUCCUCACAGCAGUUUGUUUAUACGGUUUUAUGAUUCAUUCUCAGUCGACAAUCAAAUGCUACUGUAAAUUCCGGUCGACGGGUCGGAGAGAGCAACCCAGCACUUGAAGAAACAAACAACAAAUUAUGCCUUUUGUGAUUGUGAUACGCCUAUGUUUUUUUUUUAUGUAUGACUCAAACGUUUAUACCCUACUUCAAAUCAUAUUUACACAACUCAGAGACAAUUCAUAUGUAGAAUUCUGCAUUUGAACUGCUUCAAUCUUCACACAGUUUGUUCCCAUAUUAAUGCUGUUCUGAUUUCAUUUUCCAUUUUGCAUUCCUUCUGCAUGCAUGACAAUGUUCUGUGCUGCUGUUUACGUCAGUUGCGCCAGAAAUCAGCACGUACUGAAUUUUGUGGAGCGUUUGUCUUUAUGUUGAAAAUCUACUUUACUGUAGCAUGAAUCUGGUCUGCAAUGCUUGGGACCAUUUAUCCCCUUUUAACGGUGCAAGAUGUCUCACACAAGGACAUUCGUGGAAAACAUGAAUGUGAAAGUGACAACACAGCUGAAAAAAACACAACACACUGCAAAAGCUACAACCAAACCACAAAAGCUACAACACGUAUGCAAAAGAUACAACACGUAUGCAAAAGCUACAUCACAAACGAAACAGCCACAACAAAAUGACAAGAGUUAUGGCAGAAAUGCGGAAGAGACUACACAACCGCAAAACCCACAGCACAAACACAAAAGUUACACAAACGGAAGCAGCAGAAGUGGGUAACAAUGGCUGUCUGUGACUGGCUUGACAGGUUCACACAAACAAAAUCUCACUCUAGUCACUCACUUCCGAUGAGAUAAUGUUUCCGUUGCGUGUCUUUUGUAGUUGUGUUGUCGCUUUUGUAGUUGUGUUUUCAGUUAAUGCACAUGUGUGAGACAUACGUGCCACCAUACAUAUUGCUGUUUAAAACAUGUAUUUUUAUACACAUAAAAUUCUCCAUCAAGUGUUUAUUUACCUGCCUUGUACAUUUACACCAAAAUUUGUGGUAUGAGAAAAAUAAUAUGCAUGAGGAUUGGUUAUAUUGUACGUGCAUUCCUGUGUUGUGACCACUGACUUGUAAAGGAUUUUGUAAUCUGUUCGUUAUAAAUACUUUGUUUUGUGCCAUAAGUAAAAAGAUCUUUUGACAAAACAACAUUA